AUGAGGAAGGCGAGGAUCCGUGAGGCUCAGUUAGCUCAGGCUGAGAUGGCUAAGAGAUUGGCACUGAUCGUUCCUUCGGUACCGAGUGGUCACCAGAGCGUAGAUGGUGUUGCUGCACGUUCUACCUGGUGGAGCACGCCGGUGACUCAGAGGUCCGCAAAUACCAUUCAAGGUUACCGUGUCGCUCUUGACCAGCUCAGAGUGGACCAGGAGUCUGGUGGUGUUGAAAUUCUCAAAAAGGACAUUCUUUAUAGCGAGGAGGAAUGUGGUCGAAGUUUGUUUGGCAAGGUUAUCAGAGACAGACGAGAUACUCUGCUAGGGAUUAAGCGGACAAUGAGCUCUAUUUGGAGGAUUAACCAGAGAAUGGAGGUUCGAGAAUUGGAGUCAAACUUUUUCCAAUUCAUAUUCAGUUCGGGAGAACACAAGAGGAAAGUGGGUGCAGGAGUGAAGAAUGUCUCAGUAUGCAAAGUUGGAGGGGAAACUGGUAGCUACAUUAAAUUGCUAGCUUCCAUUGAUAUUAAAGAGCCUAUUCCAAGAUGUACAUUUGUGAAGCUGGACAAUCAGAGAAUAAUGGUCUACAUCUGGUAUGAAAAACUGGUGAAUCUAUGCUACUAUUGUGGCCAUAUUGGGCAUGUGGAUAGAAAUUGCAGCAUGCGGUUGAGGGAUAUUAAGAGUAAAAAUCUUCAAGAGGGGCAAUAUGGGGAGUGGCUGAAAGUUGGGGAGAACAUAUAUGGGAGCAAGUACUCUUGUAAGAGUGACUUAGCACAGAAGGAGAGAGAGGAACCACUACCCACAUCCAAUAAUGAGUCAUAUGCCACUACUAGCACUGCAAGGCACCCUCACCCAACAGAGGUCCCAAAUGCCAGAAAUGGAGGGGACACUCCACUGAUGGACACCCCUAAGGAAGGUAGCUCUCCAAAAACUUUGGAUAUUGUGUCUUCUCCAGGCAAUGAGGAGGGGAAAGGGGAUUCAGUCGAGGAAUCAGAGGAAGUUAUGGAAGUUCAAAACACACUGCAAUCACAGAUGGUACUUUUUCAGAAACUUUUAUGA